UGAAUAUUCAAUGUAAACCACAACCUUAAUUGAAAAAUUAAAUCCAAGAUCUCCCUCAUGUAAAACCUGUAAUUUCAUCCAAUUUGUGAAGUUUUUUUUACUGCUUGGCUGGAUUGCAAAAACUAGGGUUUUUGAAUUUUGUCUCUUGUUUUUCCCUCUUUCCGUAGGCGUUUAGAUUUUGGGAGCGAGCGAGUUGUUGAAUCAUCUGCACCAGACACCGAUUCAUUCGACCAAAACAUAAGCAUGUCCGGAUCUGACAUGGCAGGGAGGGAGCAAUUCACGGUUGGGAUGCACAAACCCCAACAACAACAACAACAACAACAACAACCUCAGCUUCAUCAAAACAUGCGUAUGGACUAUGCUGCUGACGGCACUGCUGUUUUCGCCCCUCCGACCGUUACCGUUAACAUUAACGGCGGAGAUUCCUCUCCAGCGGUGCCUCCGGGCCUGGGCCUGCCCCAGCCCCAGCCCAUGAUGGUUAACUCCCCCGAACCAAUUAAGAGAAAGAGGGGAAGGCCCAGGAAAUAUGGGCCUGACGGUGGCAUGACCUUGGGGGCUUUGAAGACCACCACUCCUCCCGGCGGCGGCGUGCCGGUUGGGCAGUCCGGUGGGGCAUUUCCAGCGGGGCCUCUUUCGGAUUCGGCCUCAGCUGGUACCGUGAAGCGCAGGGGCAGACCUCGUGGUUCUGUCAACAAAAAUAAGAAGAAUGAUAGCUCUAACUCCUCUAAGUAUUCUGGGCCAGGAUCUUGGUUUACUCCGCAUGUCAUUACGGUGAACGCUGGAGAGGAUUUGUCAGCAAGAAUUAUGACAAUUUCCCAGAGUAGUUCAAGAAAUAUUUGCAUCUUAACAGCAAAUGGAGCCAUAUCUAAUGUGACACUUCGACAACCUGCCUCAUCUGGUGGAACUGUGACUUAUGAGGGGCGAUUUGAGAUCCUAUCACUUGGAGGUUCUUUUUUUCUUGCUGGAACUGAAAGAGCUGGGGGGCUGAGUGUGUCCUUGUCAGGGCCAGAUGGCCGUGUGUUGGGCGGCGGAGUUGCAGGUCUUCUGAUAGCUGCUUCCCCUGUUCAGAUUGUUUUGGCGAGCUUUGUUUCUGAUGUUCGCAAGCACUUGAAGCGUGCAAAGAAGACGGAGAAUGAAAAGGUUUCGACAGCAGGAGGCCAAAGCAGCUCACCAUCAAGAGGCACUCUCAGCGAGUCCUCAGGUGGGGUUGGGAGUGGGAGCCCACUAAACCAAAGCACAGGAGCAUGCAACAACACCAUCGAAAACAGUACCACCCCAACACAAAGCUUUCAAGGCAUGCCCUGGAAGUAGAAGUACUUGACUCCUCUCACAUCUUUGUGUAGUAGGUUUUGGUGUUGUGACAGACACAUCAGACUCUACUUGUUAUGCUCUAUUACUUGGUGUCUUUUAUGCUUUAAGCAUUUAGGAUGCACACCUGUUAUAUUAGCUUUGUGUAAUAUUAAUUGGAGGAAUUUUAGGGAUAAAGUAUGCGGACUCGUAGCUUAAUUUGGUUAGAUGUUGUGUUCACUUGGGUGAUUCAAGAGGUUCUGGCAGGAUCGGGUUAGUAUGUAGGAUCUUGAUGAGAUGCCGGUGACUUUGUCAUCCGUUAGUUGUAAUUUAUUGUCGGUCCAUAUGCCUAAACUUUCUCCUUGUUACCCAGUUGUUCGGUGGUAAUAAUACUUAAUCUGUUUAGCUUCUUUA